UGCCUUCACCUCACCCUCGCAUUCACUUCGCACAGCGCUCGUCCCUGCUACAUUGCACAUUACGCCCUCCGACCAUGACUAUACCAUAGUGCCAUUGGCCCCGGAGCGCCCCCAGCAUGGAGCGCGUCGCCAUCGCUGAGCUCACCCCCACGCUGCCCGCCCUCGAAUGUAAGCAGUUCAAAGCCGUUGUCACGCUGAUAUGGCCGUACUCGUCCUCGGCGCGCCAAUUCGCCCUGCUCCUCGGUGAUCCCGACUUCCGCCUGCGCCGAAAGAAGGGCCAGGUCAGAGCGCGCUUCUGCGGCUCCAGCGCAAAGGCCCUCGCAAGCACGGGUGUGGGCAUUGGAGACGAGCUGCUUCUGGGCUUGCGCGGCGCUCAAUUCGUGCAGGACGGCUCUGUCAGCACCCCGGGCAAGAGCAUAGACUGGGAGCUCUCGUACUCGCAGACCCUAGCUGUGCGCGUAUAUCGAACCGGCGCAGAAAUCGGAAGCCUCGACCUUGCCGAUGCCGCCCCAACCCCCGCUCGAUCGCCCGUUCGCCAGCAGCCCCACGUUGCAUCUGAUGGAGCACACAAAUGGUCAUCGCCAGCCUUCCUCAAGCGGACACGGCUUUCGGACGGUCCGAUUUUCGAAGCGGGCUACGAUCCAUUCUCAGACGACACCGAGGAUCGACAUGACAGGAAGCGGCGGAGGAAGUCAUACAGGGACUGGAAUGCAUGGACAUACUCGGCGCGGACACCUUCGCCAGAAAAGGAGGAGGCGGAUAUGGAAGAUUUGGGUGCCUUCGAAGCGUCGCCCAUCCGCCCGGUUCGGCUCCCCGAGACACCAGUAUCGUCUCCCGCGCCCGGAAUUUUCUCCGUGGCGGGCCUCCCUCUCCAGAAGACUGAAGACACUGCUUCGGGACAUGUCGCACGGAAAGAGGCGGUCCUAUCUAUCGGCCAUGUUAUCGUUGAGAAUGAAGAUUUAGUUGGCAAAUCGGCCGAAGCGAACGACGACUUUGUGCGAGAUGCCGCCUAUUAUGAUCUAUACGCGGGCCCCAAUGAACUGCCACCGUCUGAGCUCGAAUACCCCUUUGCAGGAGACACCGAACCAAAUACCGAAGAGGAAGGCAGUCCUCCAGCCGUGCACGGCGUUGAGAGCCUGAGCGUUACAAAUGGCGAAACCGCAGAGUCGGAUGAACAGCUGCUUGAUCGUCGAACACCCACUUUUGCCGAAUUUAUACCCGACGGUGAGGAUUUGGCGGAAGCAGAAGACCGAGCCGCUAGCUCAACCGAACAAGAGAGUACCCUGGAAGGUGUGCAAGGGAUUUUGGUUGACCAAGAGGCUCGUCAACUUGAGGAUGAAGAGCAGCGAUUCCCAGAGCGUUCCGGAACCCAAGAAACUCCAAUUGUGUUGGACGAUGCACCUGAAAUAAUCAUGCCUCCGCCCACACUACCUCUCCUUCAAACAGAUUUACAAGCGACCUCAGCUCCAGGCAUGUUGACUCCGAUCGGCAAGGAGCCGUCUAGCCCAGCCUUAAAACCGCUUGAUUCUUCUACCCUGCCUAUGCCCUCUCCAUUUCCCGGCGAGCGGGAUGGGACUGCUACAUCAUAUCUGGACCUCUCCGAUUCUACUCAACCGCUGGCGCAGGAAGGGCCUGAAGAUGAAUCGGACUACAUCAUUGAAUCUAGCUUUUAUAGUUCUGUCAGCUCCUCAAAGGCCCCAGCUUUCCACCCAACCCACGAGUCCGCCUUCACCGACGUGCGCUUCACGUUUGGCAUGGACGGUUCAACCUUUUCCCGUCCGAAAGCGCCCCCUAAAUCCCCCGAACCACAAGUCGCGGCUGUAAAAGGCGAUGGCUUGGAAAUGGGAGAGGAGCCAGCUGUUGUAGAUGGCGGAGUGCCUACCUCUGCAACGGAUCGCUCGGCGCCGCAGCAAGAAGUCACCCAGGUACCGGCCUGGGAGGGUAUCACUGACUUCACAGCUGAUGAUCUUGGUUUGGUCGAGCAGGAAAAGCGCCGUAUUGCCACCACCGAACCAAGUCCCGCUGAACAGCCUAAGGAACCAGAGGUGGUUGUUCUUUCUUCUGGCUCUGAGUCGGAAGAGUCGGAAGAUGAAAGUGAGUUUGGACCUGGUAACGAGGAGGCAGAAGAAGAGGGAGUGCGUGGCACACCAACCGCCGUUGAGUAUAGUGUCGACACACGAGCCGAGGAGUCCUCAGUCUUGUCCGAGUUCGCUGAGAAGGAAGAGAUUGGCGUGGACUAUCACGACCAUACCGCCGGGUCCAAUCCUGGGGAACCCACACAAAUUUCCGUGAACGCUGGCCCUCAUAUGGUGGACCAUGCUGAGGCGCCCCUGCUCGGCAUUCAGAGAUUGACCGCAGCGACAGAGGUUGUCGAUCUUGGUUCUGGUUCAGAAGAUGCGAGCAGCGAGGUGGACGGGGACUCAUACGCAGUACCCCGAGCUGCUACCCAAGUCGGCAUGAUCCAGCAAGAAGAGGGAACCACUGAUGUGAAUUCGUAUCCGGCUAUAAUGAUAAAGCGACCACAAUCUCCGGUCGAGGAUAGCAACACCUGCCAUAAGGAAGGAAUCAGUGAGUUGAUGGUUGUGGAGCCCGCGCAUGAUGAAUCCCAAGCAAAGGACAUCGCACAAGGAGACUCUACUUACUCGAUUGAUGAACAGGUUGAUUAUGCCGUUGCCAAUCUGCGCGAGGAUGGCGGGCCCGUGAUGGUGGAUGAUGGAACGCCGUUGGCAAUAGACGAUAUGGUCGAAUUCAUGCCGGAUGCGACCUCGCGCCAGGACCAACAACCCAGUGUCGAACCAGUCUCGCCGUCAGAAGACCACCCGGAAAUCAAAAUGGAAUCUAUCGAGGAGGAUGUGUCCUUUGGUUGGAUGAAUGAUCGAGGCUCAUGCCCUCAAGAAGACGAUAAAGAGUCCACCGAAGGACCCUCUGCCGAGCUUCUUAUUACAUUCCCAGAGGAUGGUCAUCCUAUAGGGGAGUUGCAGUUCAAGUCCGUGUCAGCCACAGGCCCUGCGAGGAAUACGCGGUCGAAGACGAAGAUGUCAGAGUCGCCAGUAAAAGAGGAAGCUAGUCCGUCGCAACGGAGUACCCGGUCACGGAAGUCCAAAACAUCCGUCGUGCCGCUUGCUCGUACGACGCUGUCUCCCUUUGAUGUAAGGUCAAGGUCCACUGCGUCCCCCAUCGGGGACACGAUGGCCACCUCGCCUUAUAGCCUUCGGCCCCAGCCAGAGCCUCUCUCACCUACGAAGAGUACUACGCACGUCGCUCAACAUGAGCGCUCCUAUAAGCGCUCUACGAAGCAGAAGUCCACUGCACUCACUUCUCCUCUCAAGGAAUCGUUUACUCAGCCCGAGUACUUCGACUACGAGAAUCUCGAUUUUCCGACCACCAGCUUUGAGCCUUCCCAAGAAUUGGGGAUCUCACGAGGCAAGUUUUCGAACGUGUCGUUCGUGAGAGACUCCGAAGAGGGUAGCCUGCACUCGGAGCAUUCGUUAUCCACCCUCCAGUAUUCGGAUGACUGGAAUGUCGGACCACAGACAUAUACUAACAUCAGUGAUCCGGCGGAGAACACCAGUCAAGUUCGCAGCGAGCAAUCCUCUCGACUGAAGCCUAGACCUAGCGACCAUCUACCCCAACUUGAGACUCCGCCUAGGCCCGGCGCGAAGACGCAAUGGAGGAACCAAUCGCAGGUGAUUAUACCGGCGAGGAGGACUCCGCCACAGCCAGCCUAUUCAUUCCUCACCCAACCCCCACAGAGUAGUCCUAGCAAAGCAUUUCCCUCGAUGACUCCGACAGAAGUGACAUCUGGCAGUUCCCGCAAGUCGCAGCGUUUCAGAAAGGAUGUGUACGAUAUCCCCUCUUCCCCAGCCCGGGCGUCCGACGACGAGCUACCGGGAGAGACUACGCCAAAGGCGCAUACGGGAAUAGGUGAGGUGGCGUAUUCUACACUGCCCCUUGAAGGUGAAGGCAGCCAAAUCCGGAGCUCACCGCCAGCCCCGAUCACUGUCGGGAAGGACGCACCGACCGGUGUGAGAGAGCAGCUUCCUAGUUCACCGCCCGCUGUUCGAUCCAAAUUUCCUCCCGUCAGCCAGCAGUCGCUCGCCAAUAGCAAUAUGCCCAUAACGCCCGAAGCCACCCAGCCGACCUUGGUAGAAUCCCAGCCCGCAGGCCCCGCUGCUCAGCAAGAGCAAAGCCUGCCCUUGACUCCCCAGCUCACGCAAACGACCUCUGCAGGACUCCGUUUCUUCAACGCCGAUGUAGAGAUAGAAGAGGUGACCGCCGAGCCCUUCGUCAAGCCCUCGCCCAUCAGCAAGACAACGCCAAGACGCAACGCGACAGAGGCCGACGUAGCCUCGCGCGAAGCGUCUCCUAGCAUCCAUUCCGAAGACUUAUCCGAAUCAGAGGACGAAGCUUCGAAAAUGGAGCCUCCCUCAAUCGGCCUCUCGACGCCCAUUGCGUACUAUACGCCUCUGAAAGACCUCUGCUUCUUCCUCAACCGUUCCUCGCAAUUCCACUCCUCAGCCAACCCGGACGUCAUAGCCCUCAUGACCUCUAGCACUACGGCACCCAAGAAAGCAGAUAAAGGCCCGAGGCACUGGAACACGACAUUGCACAUAACCGACCUCUCAUCCCACCCUGCUAGCGUAACGGUCCAAAUCUUCCGGCCAUAUGCCAACGCGCUGCCCGUCGCGGAGAAAGGCGACAUUAUCUUGCUCCGCGGGUUCCAAGUCAAGAGUCUAAAUAGACAUCCCAUGCUGCUCAGUGGCGAGGAGAGCGCAUGGUGCGUGUGGCGGUACACAAAGCCGUGCUGGGGUAAGAAGAGAGGUGCGUACGGGGAGGUGCGGGCGAGAGAGGAGGUGAAGGGGCCGGUUGUGGAGAGGGGGGAAGGGGAGUGGAGGGAGGUGGAGAGAUUGAGGGCGUGGUGGACAAGGACUGUUAAGAGAGAGCUGGAAGAGAAAGAAGCGAAUGAGAUUAAGACACGGUCGAAGGAUAAAGCGGAAUUAGAAGAGAUGGACGCGCAUGAGAUUAGGACGAGGAGCAAGGAUAAGGGCAAGGGGAAGGCUGCUAAUGGGUUUAGGGGGGAUUGAUAGGGAUGCGGAGUUGUGGCGUGUGGGUUGACGAACGAUUGCAUAUCAGGCGCUGGUUCUCUCGGGUCUCAGGAGAAGACAAAACGACAGGGAGCGCUGCCCGGAAGGAAAAGCAUAUGUUAGACAGGGCGUCAUCCCACGAGGCUCACCUCAUGCGGCAUAGGAGAGGUAACCACCUCUUCAUCGAAACAUGAUACUGUUUUCACAUGAUAGUCACCAACGUGAUCGAAUCUUAUCCUAGAUCAUUUCCCUUUUGUUUUCGUGCUUCUAUGGAAACGCCAUAUAUCCCAAGAUGCCCAUGGCCCAUCAUGUGCUCAUGCCGGUAUCAUGCCGGUAGCUAGAGGAAGGUAGGUGUAGGA